ACAGAGAAAAAAACAGUGAUCAAUGGAGACAUUUGGAAUCAGUUCAGUAAAUGGUAAUCUGAUUUCAUCACCCCCCAUUACCACUAAUAACAACUCCCCACAUCUCUCAAACAUGAUGAAUUCUUCUGUUUCACUUAGAACCUCUUUUAUUUCACCUAACUUUAGAAGCUCAAGCAAAAGAAUCACAGUUUCUAAAAUUAGGUCUUUUUCAGCUAACAACUCUAAAAAGUUGGGUCAAGAGAAUCUCAAAGAUGGAUGUAUUUUGUAAUGAUCCCUUUUGUUUUUGUCUCUCUUUGGUUAGUUCAAGAUGAUCGAAUUGCAAGGAUUUCUUCUGCGAUUAGGCUCAUACCUGACUUCCCUAAACCAGGAAUCAUAUUUCAAGACAUAACAACAUUGCUUCUUGACCCAAAGGCAUUUCAAGAUACGAUUGAUGUGUUUGCUGAAAGAUACAAAGACAAGGACAUCAGUGUAGUCGCAGGAAUGGAAGCCAGAGGUUUCAUCUUCGGUCCUCCAAUUGCCUUAGCUAUUGGGGCAAAAAUUGUGCCUAUGAGGAAACCCAAGAAGCUACCUGGGGAGGUUAUAUCUGAAGAGUACUCUUUGGAGUAUGGAACAGAUAAAUUAGAAAUGCAUGUCGGGGCUGUACAGCCAGGAGAACGUGCUCUUAUAGUCGAUGAUCUCAUUGCCACAGGGGGGACUUUAUGUGCUGGAAUCAGACUAUUGGAUAAAAGUAUCAAAUGUUCAGAAAUCUUCGGUUGGCCUUCUUGCAGAACGUGUUGGAGCAGAGGUAGUCGAGUGUGCUUGUCUAAUUGAAUUACCUGAACUGAAGUGAAUGAUUUGUUAUAACUUCAGGGGCGUGAUCGAUUGGGAAAUAAACCACUCUUCAUUCUUGUAAGUGCGGUUUAAUUCCAUGCUUAAAAGAGAAUUUGUUCUUGGUGGAAGGAGCUUUUUAUGGCGCAUGGUUUGGUUGAAAGAAGCAACUUUUACUUUUUUUUUUUUUGAUCGGUCAAGAAGCAUUUUUUCUUAACUGUAAUAGUGAACUAGUUUAAGUUGGAUGCAGUAGAAGCUGAAUAAUGAUUCGUAUGAAAAACUUGAAAUGGACGUGAUAGUGAAAAGCUUAUCCAAAAAUCUGUUAGCUAGUGUUGGUUUACAUAUUGAAUUGCUGAGU